AUUUCCAGGCGUCGUUUAUGUGCAGAUGCUGCAUCGCUGGGUCCACAUGCAACAGACACGCAACUCACAAAGAUUCUCACCCGUAGCAGUGCACUGCAGCGCCGCAUUGAUGUUUGGACCAGCAUUCAAACUUUAUAUAUGCCCUCCGUCGCCAACUUACGUGCAACUGGCCACAUACUUCAGUCAUAA